CUACCUACAGACGGAGAUAAAUCUAAGACAGGAAGAUACAAUGCCUCUACAUGGGUAGAAUUUAUUCUCUUGGGGUUUUCUGAUGUUCCCCAUCUCCGUUGGAUUUUAUUUGGGAUAUUUUUACUCAUAUAUUUGACUAUCCUAGUAUCCAAUGGCAUUAUAAUACUCAUCACAAAAACUGACCCAGCACUUCAGACACCUAUGUACUUUUUCCUUAGCAACUUUUCCUUUUUGGAAAUCUGUUAUGUGACAUCCACUAUCCCAAGAAUGCUAACGGACCUCUACACCCUAAAAGGAAAUAUUUCUAUGUAUUCCUGUGCAACACAAAUGUGUUUUGUCCUGGUGCUGGGAGGCACAGAGUGCCUUCUCCUGACGGUGAUGGCCUAUGACCGCUACGUGGCCAUAUGCAAUCCUCUGCAGUAUGCUGUGGUCAUGAAUCACAUGGUCUGCAUGCAGCUGGUGACUGCCUCCUGGAUCAGUGGAAUCCCUGUUGAAAUUGGGCAAACUUACCAAAUAUUUUCUUUGCACUUCUGUGGGUCUAAUAGAAUCAAUCAUUUCUUCUGUGAUAUUCCUCCACUACUCAAGCUUGCUUGUGGGGACACAUUUGUGAAUAAGUUAGCAGUCUAUGUAGUGGCUGUUGUGUUUGUCAUGAUUCCCUUUCUGUUGAUCAUCAUCUCCUAUGGAAAAAUUAUCUCCAGCAUUCUGAAACUGUCGUCAGCCAAGGGGAGAACCAAAGCCUUCUCCACCUGCUCAUCUCACUUGACAGUUGUGGUCUUAUUCUAUGGAACAGCCAGUAUCACUUAUUUACAACCCAAACCAAGUCAGUCAGAAGGAAAUGGAAAACUACUGUCUCUUUUCUACACCAUUUUGAUACCAGCUUUAAACCCCAUUAUAUACACUUUGAGAAACAAGGAUAUCAUGGAGGCACUGAAAAAACUACUCAGCAAGUUACGACCAUGA